CAGAGUUAGGGUUUUAAUACGUGGUUCACCCUCUUCUUUUUUUUUAAUAACACAGCGGGUUAUUGGCUGAUCCGUAUUUGACCCGUUAUCUGACCGCUUUGGUUUUGGGAUGUGGACAGCACUACUACUACUAUAUAUACUAGUUGCCUUGCCAAUUGCUCCAUACUUCAAAGUCUGCAGCCGACUUUGGACCAAGCACUUCGGAAGAUUCUCCAAUGGCAGAGGGAGAAGUCGUCACUGUUAAAGAUGUUGUCCACAAGUUGCAACUUUGUCUUCUUGAAGGCAUUAAAGAUGAGAACCAACUCAUUGCUGUUGGGUCUUUGUUGUCUCGGAGUGACUAUCAGGAUGUAGUAACUGAACGAUCAAUAGCAAACAUGUGUGGUUAUCCUCUUUGCGACAACCCUCUACCUUCUGAAAGGCCUCGGAAAGGACACUACAGAAUAUCAUUGAAGGAGCAUAAAGUUUAUGAUCUUCAUGAAACUUACAUGUACUGUUCAACAAAUUGUGCUGUCAAUAGUGGAGCAUUUGCUGGUAGCUUGCAAGAUGAGAGAAGCUCUACGCUGAAUCCAGCAAAGCUUAAUGAAGUCCUGAAUCUAUUUAAGGUUUUGCAUUUGCGUUCCACAGAGGAUGUGAAAAAAAAUGGAGAUCUAGUAUCUUCCAAUUUGAAGAUUCAGGAAAAAGUGGAUGUUAAGGGUGGUGAAGUUUCCUUGGAAGAGUGGAUGGGUCCAUCUAAUGCAAUUGAAGGCUAUGUUCCACAGAGAGAUCGAAGUGUGAAUCCAGCACUGUUGAAAAACGUUAACAGAGGAUCCAAGAAGAAUAAGCAUGCCGAACUCCAAAAUGAGGUACUUAAUGAGAUUGACUUUUCCAGCACUAUAAUAACACAAGAUGAGUAUAGCAUUUCAAAGUUUGCAGCUCCUGUAAAUAAUGUCUCGAGUGAAAAGUUCAAAGAACCCCAAACGAAGACUAGGUACAAAGUUAAGGAUGAUGAUGUUUCUAUAUUGGGUAAGCAAGUUGAUGCCUUGCAGUUGCAUUCUGCAGAAGAAACAGAAAAAACAGAUAAGAAUGAUAGUUGUUUUAAGGUGGAUAAAUUUAAUUCUGGAGAAGUGUCUUCUGGUCCUUCCCGACAUGAUGUUACGAACAAAUGUGUUGAGGUUCUAAAUAUGUCGGAUGCCGAAGGAAAAUAUGCAUUAGAUGGUGCACGUGAUAAGCAAUUGCUCAAAUCUUCUCUGAAAUCCUCAAAUUCCAAGAAAAUGGCUCGGUCAGUAACUUGGGCUGAUGAAAAUAUAGAUGAUGGCACUGGCAAGAAAACAGAGAGCUCGUCCAAAAUAUCAGAAUAUGAAAACCAAGCUUGUGGGGAAUCAGGCUCAAUAGACAUGGAAGAGGAUAAUGCUUCAUAUCGAUUUGGAUCUGCAGAAGCCUGUGCAGAAGCACUAACCCUAGCGGCAGAGGCUGUUGCCUCAGGUUCUGAUGUCUCUGAUGCCGUGUCCAAAGCCGGGAUUAUAAUAUUGCCACCUCCACAAGAAGUGGAUGAAGCAAUACAUCAGAAGAACGAUGAGAUGCUUGAUGUUGAACCAACUCCUUUAAAAUGGCCAAGAAAACCAGGGAUGCCAAAUUUUGAUGUUUUUGAAUCAGAGAACUCUUGGUAUGAUCGUCCACCUGAGGGGUUUAAUAUGACUCUGUCACCUUUUGCUACAAUGUUUGAUUCCCUCUUCACAUGGAUAUCGUCGUCUUCCUUGGCAUUUAUAUAUGGGCACGAUGAAAGCAAUAGUGAGGAGUAUUUGUCGAUCAAUGGAAGAGAAUAUCCUCACAAGAUUGUGCUAUCUGAUGGCCGGUCAACUGAGAUCAAACAGACUCUUGCUGUCUGUCUUGCUCGAGCACUGCCGGGAUUGGUUGCUGACCUUAGGCUGCCUGUACCAGUAUCAACUUUAGAGCAAGGAAUGGUUCUCUUGUUAGAUACAAUGUCUUUUGUGGAUCCACUCCCUGCAUUUCGAAUGAAGCAGUGGCAACUUAUUGCACUUCUGUUUCUUGAUGCUCUUUCUGUAUGUAGGAUACCCACACUGACUCCAUAUAUGACAGCACGAAGGACUUCGCUUCCGAAGGUGCUUGAUAAUGCUCAGAUAAGCACAGAGGAAUAUGAGAUCAUGAAAGAUUUAAUCAUUCCACUAGGUCGAGUGCCUCGGUUCUCAAUGCAAAGUGGAGGCUAGUUUUACAUAACAUGGUUGUUGCGGACCAGCUCCUAUAAACUUACAUGGUAGAAAGAGGUUGUGAGAAUAGACUGGAAAAUGUGCAUGUACCGUCAAAUUAUAUAUGUUUGUCGUAACUUCUCUUCAUAUAUGAUUAUCUUGUAGAAAUGCUAUGUUAUCAAGACAUUGAUGAUAAGUGAAAAGGGUGAAGCAAGCAUUUAUCUGUUUCUCUCUGCCUUCUUUAUAUGACAACUAUCAUUCGUGGGAGAGUACAUUGUAUUUUUCUUUUAGGGACUGCAUAGAGCUAUUGUUUAGUGCAAUUUACAGCAAGUUGAGGUGAUGUUUGCCUUCUUACCACAAGCUCCGUAGCUUCAGUUUGUGUUUUUUUUUUCCUUUUUCAGUUUAUGUCCUAAUUUGUGGCUUGUCUUGCUAAAGGAAUGUAUCUUAACUACCUAUAUUUAAAUAAAAUAGUGCUCCCUUGGAUAUGAA